CACUUCAUGCAGCUAUAGUUCUACUCUACAGAAGAGUUGCAAGAAAACCAUAAUACCUUGAGACUUAGGUACCAGUCGUCACCAAGGGAGCUGAGGAAUAAUUGCUGGUUGGUGUUAUGAAUGAUUGGUUCUCAUGUCAAGCGCCGAACCCUUCACUCCUGCGUCUAUCCUGCAUGUCGUGUUUACUGUGGCAGUAUUUCCCCAUUUCACCCUAAGACGUCAUCGGACCACCACCUGCUCCCGCCGUUGCGACCUCAGCCUUGCCAUGCGCAACCUGUCCAUGACAACUUUGACAACUUUGACAACUUUGACAAGUCGAAGGGACCACAGGCGCGGAUGCUGUUCGACCUGUCAAAAUAUGGCCCUAGAUCCACCCGGUUCUACUCAUUGGCUUGGGCUCCGCUGCGUAACUGGACUAAGCUGGCCGGCCCGGCGACGAAGGGUACAUAGCCGUCCCACUGCGGCGGAUGCAGGGCGGAGUGGUGGGAACGGGAAAGGCACUGGACGCUGGACGAGAAGAGAUCGGUUCAUGACCUGAGAUAGUUCUUUUCUGUGGACCUUGAACAUGGGGAAGUCGAUUCCAUCAUGCCUUCAGUUCAGUCUUUCAGUCACGGUUGGUCAUGAACCACACCAGUCGUGCAACUC